GUAAAACAAAUCCAGAAAACGGAGUGUAUUUGCCUCGACUCUCCCACAACACCGAGUCGUCUCCAACUUCUCUCCAAUGGCUCUUCCCCUCCGUUGUUCCCACUACACUCCUCCAUUAGCUUCUUCUUCCUCUUCUUCUUCUUCUUCAUUUGUUAGAUUCUCGCCCCCCAAUUUCCUUCAAUUUACGCUACCUGCCCUCCGCUCCCGCUCCAACCGCAGCUGGUCUCUCACGGCCGUGACGGCGUCACUCUCCGCCGUCGAUUCUGUGGAAACUUCCGGUAGUCAAUACGAGAAUAAGAAGCUUCUGCUCGAAGUCAAAGACCUGACGGCGGUGAUUGCAGAGUCCAGGCAACAAAUUCUCAAAGGCGUUAACCUUUGCAUCUAUGAAGGAGAGGUUCACGCGAUUAUGGGAAAGAAUGGUUCUGGGAAGAGCACAUUGGCAAAGGUUCUUGCAGGCCAUCCAGAUUAUGAAGUGACGGGAGGGAGUGCUGUGUUCAAAGGGGAGAGCUUGCUGGACAUGGAACCAGAGGAAAGGUCACUUGCUGGCCUCUUUAUGAGCUUCCAGUCCCCCAUCGAGAUUCCAGGCGUGAACAAUAUUGACUUUCUGAAUAUGGCUUAUAAUGCUCAGAGAAGAAAACUUGGUCAGCCGGAGCUUGGACCAAUUGAGUUCUAUGCCUACAUUUUUCCCAAACUUGAACUUGUGAAGAUGAAGGCAGACUUUCUUAAUAGAAAUGUUAAUGAAGGAUUCAGUGGUGGUGAAAAGAAGAGGAAUGAAAUUUUACAACUUGCAGUUCUGGGUGCGGAUUUGGCCAUCUUGGAUGAAAUUGAUUCGGGACUGGAUGUUGAUGCACUUCGCGAUGUAGCAGAUGCAGUGAAUAGGCUUUUGACUCCAAAGAAUUCUUUAUUGAUGAUUACUCAUUAUGAACGACUUUUGAAUUUUAUAAAGCCUGUACGUGUCCAUGUUAUGGAGGAUGGGAAAAUUGUGAAGACAGGAGACGUUUCAAUAGCAAAACUUCUGGAGGAUGAAGGGUAUCAAGCAAUUUCUGCAGCAUAACUGCAUGACAAUUGAUAGUGAUUGGAAUCUUAUAUAGGUAAACUCUUCUGAGCAGUGUGGCAGAUAACAGUCUGGAUGUGAGGGAUGUUGCCUAUUGCAGAAACUGCCUCAGGUAUGAUUUUGCAGCAUCUUUCAGAGGAGACAAGUGCAGAAUAUCAGAGACUGUUUUAUCUGAAAUCCGGGCAACAUAAUGUUUAUAGAUUUGUGAGAGACUAUCAUCAGCCAUACUUCAUGAUGUUUAUGUAUCGAGUAUAUCCCAGUUUUCGAUGUCUUCAGGCUUGUCUCCCAAGGCCUUGUUGCAGAGUAAGAUAUUUUUAUGUAAAAAAAUUUUGAUGAUAUCUUCUAGUCUAGUUCGUUUAAAUUUAUAUGUGUACAAUGUGGAUUUUGCAUUAUUUAAUCGUCAUUCUUGCUCUGGGAAACAACUUACAAUUUAAAUGGUUUCUUGCC